UCAGAAAGUUAACUCCUGAACUUCGUAGUCAGAAAAAUUGUGAAUUAUAAAAUAGCAGGGAAAACACUAUCUAAGUAUCAUGGCAUUUCGCCGAAGAAACAAGAGUUACCCUUUCUUCAGCCAGGAAUUCCUAAUUCAAAACCAUGCGGACAUCGUCUUCAGUUUGGUGAUUUUCAUUUUGAUUGGAUUGAUGUUUGAGGCAACAGCUAAGACGGCCAUACUGUUCAUUCAGCCGCAGUACAAUGUCACCACACUAUCACCAGAGGGUGAGGUGACGUUGUACCAUUACGGAUGGAAGGACUUUGCUACUAUCCUCUUCUAUUUUUUCAUCGUCAUCAUCCUCCAUGCAGUAGUGCAGGAGUAUCUUUUGGAUAAAGUGAACAGGCGCCUUCACCUCUCCAAGAGCAAGAAUACUAAAUUUAAUGAGUCGGGUCAACUGUGUGUGUUUCACUUGGUUUCUAGUGUGUGGAGCUUCUACAUCCUCAUAACGGAAGGAUAUCUCUUGCAUCCUAGCAGUCUUUGGGAAAACUAUCCCCAUGUACACCUCAGGUUUCAGGUGAAGUUUUUCUACCUCACUCAGUUGGCCUACUGGCUGCAUGCCUUGCCGGAGCUCUACUUUCAGAAAGUACGCAAGGAGGAGAUCCCUCGGCAGCUCCAGUACAUCUGCCUGUAUCUGCUACACAUCUCUGCAGCCUAUUUGUUAAAUUUGAGUCGUGUAGGUCUGGUACUUCUCUUCCUCCAGUAUUUGUCAGAGGUUUUCUUCCAUAUUGCCAGACUAUUCUACUUUACUGAUGAGAACCACCAGAAAAUGUUUGACCUGUGGGCGGUCAGCUUUGUGUUUACACGGAUGGUUACUCUGACCCUGAUGUUCCUGGCUGUGGGAUUUGGUUUGGCUCGUGCUGAGAACCAGGGGCUUGACUGGGAAAUGGGCAAUUUCAACACUGUACUAAUAAGGAUGACUGUUCUACUGCUGGUAUGUUUGACCCAGUCUUGGCUUCUGUGGAAGUUUAUCCGCUUCCAGCUGAGGCGCUGGAGGGAGUUCAGACAUGAACAGGCCGUGCGCAAGAAGGCUGCCACAAAGCAAACCCUACGGCCACUGAAGAGAGACUCACUCGGACAUCAUGAAAACGGAAUUCUUAAAGCUGAGAAUGGAGCCUCUCCCCGGACCAAAAAACUCAAGUCCCCCUAAGAUAAGAUACUGACUGGCCUGAACAGUGAUCUUAGCCUGAGCUAAGGUUUCUCAUCAGCACAACAGGAAGCUUGCGACCACUGGCCACCAAGCUCCUGGUUGAGUAUGUCCUGAGACAUUACAGGGACUAGGUCGCUACAGACUUAGACUUGAAUGCUGGAAAAUGAAAUCCAAGGAAAUCCCUUGAGCCCAACAGACAUUUACUCCUCUCAUCAUAUCAGUAUUUUUUAUACAUCCACGCAGCCUGCUAUCCCACCCUACGGAGCACCAAUGUAUGCAGAAUGAUUACGAUGUAAAGUGAACUCAGUAUGUGACACACAUGUUAUUUGUGUGUGUGUGUGUGCUUGUUGAAUGUGUUGAUGCAUAUCCUCAUACAUAAGUACUGUACCGGUUGUAGUGUUGUCUGGUGUUGCAGCUGUUUUCAGCUUUUGCCAUUGAGCCGGCUUUGCUUGUUUUCUACUCCGGUCCAUUGGAGCAGAAAAAUGUUACUGAUGACAUGGUAAGAUAUCAGCUUACUGUAUGCUGGCCUGAACCUUAUUCCUAACAAUGCCAGGGAAGGAAUUAGGCCAACCAUUAGAGCGGUCACUUUAUGUCUUCCCAAUGAUUUAUGUCUGUCUCAAAUCCUUUUCAUUUGUCACUGGUUAUAAUUGAUUAUACACAUCAAGUAUGUAUGUUGGAUAUUACCGCAUGUCAUUCCAUUUCUUUUUAAUCGUUUUGUUAAUUUCUUUAUUAAAUAAAGCAAUUUUCUGACA